UCCGGUUUAGGAGACAGGCUAUCUUGGCAAAAUAGCAGCAUACGGUGGAAUUAUCCACUUUAUAACCCGAAGGAUAGAAGGGGUCGCCAGCUCGGGUCCGCUGCUCAACAAUGGACGCGGUUCUAGUAGAUUUGUCUUGUAUUCUCGGUCUGUCCGUUGCCACCAGCUCGUCUAGCUAGUUAGCACAGCUAGCUAACUGGCUAAUUAAACCCUGACAAGUGCUCGGCUGCUUGUCUGACUAGGUGACGAAACAGAACUGUCAAGAGAAGGAAAUAAUUAACUCAUAUCUCUACAGUUUACAGUUGACACACCAGAGUGAUUACAGGGGCUGGCGUGGACUCGAGCUUCUAGUGACUGUUAGUUUGACGUCUGGUUUAAUUGGCUGCAUGUUGUGUGGAGUAAGUAAUCGAUUUGAUGAGUAGGAUUAUAAACACAAGUGAGACGAGAACUAUUAACCCGGCUUUGCUUGCUUUGGUAUAAGGUGAGUCUUAAAUAUGACGUUGUGUCUCGAUAACUGAAAAGGACAGACGUUUCCUCGAUCGCUGUUGCGUGACGACUACAUCUAGAAAAUAACACUAUUGCGAUUUUCAUGUUUAGAUCGCAGGAUUCACUUGAUUUAGCGGGCUUAGGGUAGAGUUACAUGUGACAUUAGCCAUUUGUAUGCCAACGUGUCACAGCUGUGGACAACAGGUCCGGGUGACCGUGUGUGAACAGGUGUACCUAACCUGCUCACACGACUUGGCGCAGCUUUGCACUUUAACUAAUGCCUGGUACAUUAUCAGUUACUCUUAGAUAUCUGGUUACUUGAAAUAACAACAUUCCUACAAGCUGUGGUUGUAGUUUUUGUUGUACAUGCACAUAUUAAGGUGCAUAUAGUACAUACGCUUUGGGUCAUAGUUUAGUUUUUGGUGUGUGCCGAGAGACACAGAUGGAGUUAAAGUUGCCAAGAUUGAGCAAGAAACUAGGAUGAUUUCAUGAUGCUUUGUGUACCUACUGAUGAUUAGGUGGUACAUCUUAGGCAAAGCCAAAACGUGCUUUAAAAUGAUCUCAGAGGUAUAGCAUAAACGGGAUGGUGUAGGUUUAUAAUUCUCAGGUGUUUUUGUUUGAGCUGUUUGCUUAGGGCAGUGGUAAUGACUAGGAAUUUGCUCUGCGUCUACCUGAGAGCCAAACCGUAGUUUUGUGUAUAUUGCUGCAAACUUGCCCAGCUACCACAAUGCCAGCUGUACUGUUCUUACUGAUGCUGCUUGAAGUAUUAUGCAGCCAUGGACAGGCCAUGUCACGGGAGGAGAAGCACAGGUUGAGGAACCAAGUGGUUGAGAUGUUUGACCAUGCAUAUCAGAAUUAUAUGGACCACGCAUACCCAGCAGAUGAGCUGAUGCCACUAACGUGCAGAGGAAGAGUACGUGGGCUUGAACCCAGUCGAGGUGACAUAGAUGAUGCCCUGGGAAAGUUCUCUUUGACCCUCAUAGACACUCUGGAUACUCUGGUGCUUUUGAACAAGACGACUGAGUUUGAGGCUGCAGUGAGGAGAGUGCUGUCAGAUGUGAGGCUGGACAACGACAUUGUGGUGUCCGUCUUUGAAACCAACAUUCGAGUCCUUGGAGGUCUGCUGGGAGGGCACUCAAUGGCGGUGAUGCUAAAAGAGGGAGGUCAACACAUGCAGUGGUACCAGGCUGAGCUCCUGCAUAUGGCCAAAGACCUGGGCCUCCGACUGCUGCCAGCCUUCAACACCAGCAGUGGCCUGCCUUACCCCCGGGUGAACUUGAAACACGGCGUCAGGGGUCCUGAGACGAGAACAGGCACAGAAACGGACACCUGUACUGCGUGCGCAGGAACCAUCAUCCUGGAGUUCGCUGCCUUAAGUCGCUUCACUGGGGAUCCUGUGUUUGAGGACCAUGCCCGGCGAGCCAUGGACUUUCUGUGGGAGAAGAGACAGAGAAACAGCAAUCUGGUGGGAACCACCAUCAACAUCCACUCCGGAGAGUGGGUCCGCAGGGACAGUGGAGUCGGAGCAGGAAUUGACUCAUACUAUGAAUACCUGCUAAAGGCCUACAUCCUCUUGGGAGAUGACUUGUUUCUGCAGCGGUUCAAUAUUCACUAUGCAUCUAUAAUGAAGUACAUUAGCCAGCCUCCGCUGCUGUUGGAUGUCCACAUCCACAAACCUCUGCUUCCCGCUCGCACCUGGAUGGACUCUCUGCUGGCCUUCUUCCCUGGACUGCAGGUGUUGAAGGGAGACAUCCGUCCCGCCAUCGAGACUCACGAAAUGUUGUAUCAAGUUACAAAGAAACACAACUUCCUCCCAGAGGCCUUCACUACUGAUUUCAGGGUACAUUGGGCCCAACAUCCCCUGAGGCCUGAGUUUGCAGAGAGCACCUAUUUCCUUUACAAGGCCACAGGAGACCCUUAUUACCUGGAGGCAGGUCGCACCAUCCUGGACAACCUCAACCGUUUUGCUCGUGUCCCCUGCGGCUUCGCUGCAAUGAAGGACGUACGCACUGGGAGCCACGAGGACAGAAUGGACUCGUUCUUCCUCGCUGAGAUGUUCAAAUACCUGUUCCUGUUGUUUGCUGAUGCCGAGGACUUAACGUUUGACGUGGAAGACUACGUCUUCACCACCGAGGCACACCUGCUGCCCCUGUCCCUCUCCACAGCCCCUCACUCUUCAUCUAUUCCCUCAAACAGAACGUCAGAGGAGGAGCUGGACGACUCUAACUUUGAUUGGACCUGCCCUAACACGCGCCUCCUGUUUCCUGACCCCGCCUUCCCUCAUAACCUGAGAGACCCAAUCCGUAGUGCUGUGGACAAGAGCUGCCCCCGCCCUGCUCCUUACAGGGAGCCCGGUAUGGGCCAUCCUCCUCUCAGGGCUCAGGACUUCAUGGCAAACAACCCUGAACAUCUGGAGCUGUUGAGGAGGAUGGGAGUCAGUCUCAUCCACCUGAAAGAUGGCAGGGUGCAGCUGGUGCAACAUGCUACACAGGCGGUCAGUGCGGUGGCAGCAGAGGACGGCGUGCGUUUCAUGCAGGAGAUGAUGGAGCUGUCGAGCCAGCAGCAGAAAGAGCAGCUGCCUCCCAGAGCCAUUCAGAUCGUCUCACAUCCAUUCUUUGGCAGGGUGGUGCUGACCGCCGGACCAGCACAGUUUGGCACGGACCUGUCCAAAAGUUCCACAGGGGUACGAGGCUUUGUGACUGUGGCCGAACCCUACAGCGGCUGCGCUGAGAUCACCAAUGCUGAGUAUGUCCAGGGCCACAUCGCUCUGCUUCAGAGGGGACAGUGCAUGUUUGCAGAGAAGGCCAGACACAUCCAGAAGGCUGGCGCCAUUGGGGGCAUCGUCAUCGAUGACAACGAGGGCAGCAGCAGCGACACGGCUCCGCUGUUUCAGAUGGCAGGGGACGGCCGCAGCACUGAAGACAUCACCUUACCUGUCCUCUUCCUCUUCCACAAGGAGGGCAACAUCCUGCUGGAGGCGCUGAAGGAGUACAGGGAGGUGGAGGUGCUUCUGAGCGACAAAGCCAGAGACCGAGGUGUGGACGUGCAAGAAGCGGAGGAAGACUGCAUAACCAAGGCAACAACUCCCACCUCUUUUGAACCCACUGGCCAAUCGCAAAUGAGCACGGUGGAGCUAGACGAACUGGCUCCUGAGGAGGUUUCUCCAGUUACUCCAUCACAAGAGGAAGUCAGUCCUGUAGAGGAAGACACUAGUCCUGCAGACGAAGUACGGUCACCGGAAGAGGAAGCUUCUCCUGCAGAUCUAGCACAGCCCAAAGAGGAGAAAGACUCUGAGAAAAGAGAGGAGCCCGAGAGCGACACAGACUCGAGCAGCCAGUCAGCGGAUGAACUGCUGGCUGAUUGGCGGGAAGACUUGGAGGCGUUCCAGCAGAUGGAGAAGGAUGAGCUCUGACAGUCGUCGGGCGUGUCGUGCCCUGUGACUGCGGUUUGGUCCCACUAUGGGGAGAAACAUUAGAGGGAACACAUCUUCACACGUCACCAGCCUCAGUCUGAUGAAGUCAAAGGAAGCUGGGGAGAUGUCUUUCAUGACUGUUUCUUCUCGUGCUCUGUGUGUGGACGGUAUCACGUGCCAAGGCGAGCCCACAUACUGUAUCUCUGGACCAUAAGGGAGUCCUUUUUACCCUGGUAGAUGGUGGAUAAGAGACCAGGGUUCUUACCUCACUUUCUCAUACAGUUUCUGUUAAUCUGUCAUAACAAACCCUAACGAAUGACAUGGACCAGACUGUAUGUAACAGCGUCUCACGUUCCACUCCAAAGUACUUCUCACACUGUUGUUCUCUCUAUGCAUUUCUGACUCCUCCUUGCUCAAACGAAUGCUGGUCCAACUACUUUCAGACUAAUUAAUCCAUCGACCAAUUCUUUUUAUUUAAAUGUGAUGAUUGUUUGUGAUGAUGCGUUUACUGUUGUCAGUAAUGCUAAAGUGUACACUGAGAAUUUUCCAAUUAGAGAUCUAUGUCAUGUUGCCUCAACUGAUUUUACGUGGGUGUCCGCCCGCUAUCUGUUGGAAAAGAAGUGAUUUAAAAAUAAAAUAUUUCAUUCAAAUAACCCCGCUUUCUUCUAAAAGUCAACAUUUUUACUGCUUUUUACAUUACAAAGUGGUAAAACAUCUGAGGUUUGCAGUCAAAAAAGAAAGGUCCUCUUGGAUUCCACCAUGUAUUGAUCCAAACGAAGUAAAAUCAGCCAA